CCUUUUCUUUCUUUCAACAGAGAGUAACUAUGCCGGGGAAGCUGAAAGUCAGGAUUGUGGCUGGUCGUCACCUGCCGGUUAUGGACAGGGCCAGUGACCUCACCGAUGCAUUUGUUGAGGUAAAGUUUGGUAAUAUAACAUUUAAGACAGAUGUGCACCACAAAUCGCUCAAUCCCCAAUGGAAUUCAGAAUGGUUUAAAUUUGAGGUUGAUGAUGAAGACUUGCAAGAUGAACCGCUGCAGAUAACAGUACUGGACCAUGAUACCUACAGCGCUAACGACGCGAUUGGGAAAGUAUAUAUUGAUAUUGACCCUUUACUGUCCAAUGAAGCCGCUGCCAUUCUUUCUGGCUGGUUUCCAAUCUACGACACUCUUCACGGUAUCAGAGGAGAAAUUAAUGUCAUGGUGAAAGUAGAUCUCUUCAAUGAUUUGAACCGCUUCAGACAAUCAUCGUGUGGAGUCAAGUUUUUUUGUACUCCGUCCAUUCCUAAGUGCUACAAGGCAGUAACAAUCCAUGGAUUUGUAGAAGAAUUGGUAGUGAACGAAGAUCCUGAGUACCAAUGGAUUGAUAGAAUUCGUACACCCAGAGCAUCAAAUGAAGCCAGGCAGCGGCUAAUCUCAUUGAUGUCAGGUGAACUGCAAAGGAAAAUUGGCCUUAAGGUUCUUGAGAUGGGAGGCAAUGCUGUUGUAGGCUACCUGCAGUGUUUUGACUUGGAAGGCGAAUCUGGGCUUGUGGUACGUGCUAUUGGGACUGCAUGUACGCUGGAUAAACUGAGUAAUGCAGCUACAUCAUUUCUACCUCCAUGUAGCUCUCCAUCCAAAGAUCUGAAAGAGGUUCCCUUCAGUGAAGAUCCCAACCCUGUUGUUACUCAUUCAUCUGGACCCUCCACCCCUCUGAAAAAUCAAACCUAUUCCUUUUCACCUUCCAAGUCCUACAGUCGACAGUCUUCCUCUUCUGACACAGAUUUGAGUUUGACACCUAAAACUGCAGCAGCUUUCCCCAAGGGGCCUAGGAUUUUCUUCUUUCCCAGCUCCCCUCUAUCCUCUGGUUCCCCCCAUCAUAACAGUGCACAUCUCCUUCGCUCUGUGGCUGUGCAUAGUUUUACCCCUCCUCACUCUGGCUAUGCAAGUCCAGUCGGUCUGAGGAAAAGUGUGUCUUUCAAUGAAGAGUUGCUUCUAACUGCCUCUGGAAUGGGAAGUGGUAGCGGUGGAAAAGAUGGAGGUCCUUUGAAAGCCCUCUAUCGACAACAGACCCAGUCAGCCUUCGAACACAGGGAAUUUCCCUUUUUCACUCUCACAACUUUCCCGCCUGGGUUUCUCGUUCAUGUUGGCGGAGUAGUCAGCGCCAGAUCUGUGAAGCUACUGGACAGAAUCCACAACCCAGAUGAACCUGAAACUCGUGAUGCUUGGUGGGCAGAAAUUCGGCAAGAGAUCAAGUCGCACGGCAAAGCUCUUGGAUGCCAUGCAGUUGUUGGAUACAGUGAAUCAACUAGCAUCUGUGAGGAAGUCUGUAUCUUGUCUGCCUCAGGCACUGCAGCUGUGCUGAAUCCAAAGAUGCUUCAAGAAUGCAGCAUGGAAGGCUGUAGUGAACACAGGUUGUCACGGCAGCCUAGCUUCUUUUCCACAGGGUCAGAGAAGGGAGAGUUUGAUUUUUUUCUGCAGUGCCAGGAUAGUGCUUCUCUAUUAGGAUUGGAGGAUGCGACAUCUCUAGCCUGCAGUUUCUGCCAUAUCCCUUAUGAUGAGUUAAAUAUGCCAUUCCCCGCACACCUCACUUAUUGUUAUGUAUGUCGGAAGUUGAAGGUUCCCGACGUUCUCUUCACAACCAUUGAACCUCCAUUGGAAGCGGCGGUAACUGGGAAAGGCUGCUUGAUUCAAGCCAGACUCUGCCGUCAGAAAAAGAAGACUCAGGGUGAAGCCAAUGCCACCGCAAUAAGCAAUCUCCUGCCAUUUAUGGAAUAUGAACUGCAUACACAGCUGAUGAACAAACUUAAGUUGCGAGGGAUGAAUGCACUCUUUGGGCUAAGGAUCCAGAUUGCAGUUGGUGAAAACAUGUUGAUGGGCCUUGCUUCUGCGACUGGUUUGUACGUGACGGCCCUCCCCGCUCCAGGGGGCAUACAGGUUGCAGGGAAGACACCAAGCGACUCGUCGUACGAUCAGCAUAUAUCAAACAUCCAGAAGAAGAUCAACGAUAUGAUCGUCAAAAACAGAGAAAUCCAUGAGAUUAAUCCUCCCGAAAUCCUAGAGGAAACACUUGGAUCCCCGAUCCCUGAAACACAACAACGCUCCAGGCUCUUCCGCUCCCAUUCGGAAAGUUCAGAUGAUGUUUCCGAACUGGAUCUUUCACAUGGGAAGAAGGACGCCUUUGUGUUGGAGAUUGAUGAUGCUGAUGCUGUAGAAGAUAUUCAUUCAUUAUUGACUGAUGCUCCCACGCCAGCUGGUUUUUACAGUUGUAAUACGGAGGUUAUGCCAGGUAUCAACAACUGGACAUCUGAUUUACAGAUGUUUACUUCUGUGAGAGUGUUCCGGCUGAACAACGUUACCAGUCUCACGUCACAGGGACUGAAUAAAGCCUUCAGUGAUCUUUGUGAAAAUUUGCUAAAGGCUCUGUAUUUUAAACUGCGGUCCAUGGUACCGUGCUGUCUGUGUCAUGUGAACUUCAAUGUUGCAUUACCAGAGGAUGAAUUAAUCCAGGUUGCAGUUACAGCCGUUGCGAUUACAUAUGAUCAGAACCAGGCUCAAUGCAUCAAGGCUUGUUCAGACAAGACUCUCCUAAGAGUUUCUGCAGAGAAUGAAGAACAACUCCAGUUUACUUUGGAACUCUGCACGGAUUCACAUUCCAAUCCGUCGGCUGUCAUUUUCUCUCCCAGUAAGACUGCAGGCAUUUCGGAAAGUGGCAAUUUGCAGGCAAUCUGUCCCGCUGUACAAAGAGCCACCUCAGUUGAUUACAGUUCCUUUGCAGACAGAUGCAGCAGCUGGAUAGAGUUCAUUAAGCAGAAAGCUCAGACCAUAAGGCGUGGAUCAAUUAAAACAAUUGCUUCACUUGACAAAGCAAGCCCACUGGCAGAAGCUCUCACACACCAUCGCUCACCGAUAUCAUGCACCACCUCCACAGUCACUGUCGUGGAGAUGACCCCUCUCUCUUUCAUUCCCGGUGCAAAAAUAACCAAAUAUCUUGGAAUCAUCAACAUGUUCUUCAUUCGGGAAACCACGUCACUGCGCGAGGAAGGAGGCGUUAGCGGGUUCCUUCAUGCUUUUAUUGCGGAGGUGUUUGCUAUGGUGCGGGCCCAUGUUGCCGCUCUGGGUGGAAACGCAGUCGUGUCUUACAUCAUGAAACAGUGUGUGUUUAUGGAAAACACCAACAAAAAUCAGGCACAGUGCCUUGUCAAUGUAAGUGGUGAUGCUGUGAACUUCAUCAAAGACUCCGAUGUGGAAUGUGCAUCUGCACAGGCACAAGGAAGUGGUUCACAAACAGCCAACGGUGGCGGAGAUGUUGUCACAUGAACUGGUCCAGACUAAUUACAGCUAAAGGUUCAUGCACUUCAGGGACUUGAGACAAUUUGUCUGCGUUUCAAUCGGAUCGACUGUAAUCCCAACAAAUGAUAUGGACGCAACCACAAACUACACAUUGCAUCCUCCAAAUGGCCUGUAUGAUUUUGCAUCUGUAGUCUUGUGGUAUAUAUUUAUUUAUACCACAACUUUAAUUUUGCUUGUCCUUUCAUGAUCUGGAGCUUUAAAUGAGAGGUUAACAUUUUCUCACAAUCUUAAGCUUUGAGGACAUGCCACAGGAACUGGCAGAAAUGAAGGUGAUUUUUUUUUAUUUUUCUCUCUCUGUCAGAAACAGAUCUCCAUCAACCUGUUCAUUCAAUUCCCGGUGUCAAGACCAAACUGGGAAUUGUAUGAAAUUGAAAAUGGUACUCGAGUGUACUUUAAGCCAAUGUAAAACGGGAUGUUUAUUCUAGAGUAGAAGCCCACUUUCAGUGGAAACGAGGAGGAGGGGGGGGAAUAAAAUUGCCACAAAAACAAAACGCUAAUAGCAACGUAACGAGUUUUAUGUCAGUAUAAAUCUGAUGUGGCUUUUAUCUGUAUUCUUCUGUUAGAAGGUACAAGACAUGCAAGAGAUUUUCCUCAAAAUAAAUUACAGGCUUCUUGGUUGCACGAAGAUUGUGCAAGCAAGGAAAUGUUGGGUUUAGGAAAACAUCUGUAAUUACUACAAACAAAUGGAACUGUAUAAUUCUGCAAUAUGAAAAAUGUAUUUUUAUAAAUUCUCAAGUUUAGAAUUGCGAUAAAAUAGAUGUAUUUAAAAUAUUCAUGUAAAAUUGCAAAUCCAGAGUAUAUAGUGGGCAAAGGAUUGUUUUUAUUUCAAAUUUAGUCCAUAAUUAAAGACUUGAAUGUACAGAACUCCUCCAUCGUAUGGGUCUCAAGAAUUCACUUGCUUUGCAUACCUGAAAUGCAUGAGAAAGAAAAUUCACUGUUUAAACACAUUUCACAGGUUAUGAUAAAACAAGGAAGAGCAUGUAAGAAAUAGUACUCGUAGCCCUUCUGAGAAAUAAAUGUUUAAAGAAUAUUUAUAAAGUUUUUCUAUCAAUGCUGGUGGCCAUAUAUGUUUUUAAGCCUUGUUUCAUUGGGUAAUGUGCUGGUGGGUACAAUGUUUGCACUUUGUUAUAUAUUUCAAAAAAAGUGUAAGAUGUACAGAACAUUUAAACUGUUGCUCUGCUAAAUGAUGCUGCAUCUGAAUGGAGUCAUUUCCAACAUGUUUGUUGUUAAUCCAACGUUACCUACCAAACCAUAUUUGGCAUGUGGAUCAUAAUGCAAGCCAGCAACUGUGGGCUUCAGUUUUCAAAUAAAUUGUUGCAUCUCAA